UUAUCAUCUACCGCGCAGCCUCCUAGAUAUUUGAUAUAAAAAAAUAUUUUCAAUUCUGAUGUAUUACAUUUAUUUGGAUCUAAAAGUUUAAUUUGUAAUGUAACUUAUAAAUUAACACGAGGACAUACAUAUGCCUAAAAUUAUGUUCGUUUGAGUGUAACUUGCAUCUCCAUCGCAAUAACUAAAUAUUUUUCAACCUGACCAUGUCAUGGGAGAGUGUUGCGUCCAAGGAUUUUUUGAGCAUUCCAACUAGUCAUAAUUUGUCUGCAACACAUUUACUUGCAUCCCCUGAUGGUUCGCGAUACCUUUUAGAACAUUCAACCGGUGCGUGUCAAUUUAAUGGAAGCUUUUCUCGCGUGGCAGGACCCGGAUCUUCUCGAGAUGCAACUGGUUCUAGGCAUAUAUGGAAUCGUUACGGAUUAUUGGGUUCGGGUUCAGUUACAAGUUGUUUUUCGGCAUGUCAACGAAGUCUUAAACAAUAUAUAGCUAAACGAAAGAUUGAACGAGGCCGACAGUUAUAUGAACAAAACCACCAAACAGCAGCUGUCCGAACCUGGCACAGCGCUUUGAAAGGGGACUGCCAAAGGGAGGAUUGCUUCCAGCUUCUUGGGUACCUUUAUCAGGCUCAUAUGGAUUGGGGAAAAUUUCGGGAAGCUAUUGAAUAUGGUCAUCAGCAACUAGGGUUGAUUUCUCACCAUUUAAUAAUCGGUAUUUCAGAAGAGUUGGAUUCGGCCAACAUGCGAGCUGAGACAUACCUUAACCUAAGUCGAGCACAUGCCAGUUUAGGAGGCUUGGAAAGAUCAUUGAGUUAUGCUCGACAUUCCCUUUAUAACGAAUGCGGAACAAAAUGUCGGAGUGGUCUCGUUCAUUUAACUGUUGCCAGAGUUUAUCUUGAAAUGGGUGGUUUUUCUAGGGCAUUAGAAGGUCUACAAGGCGCUUUUAAGGUUGCAACGGCUAUUGGCGAUCCAUCACUAGAGCUUCAGGUGUACGUAGCGCUAUCUGAGCUUUUUGGACGACUCCAGGAUAAUGAAAAGAGUGCCAUCUAUGCCUCUAAAGCGUACGAUCUAUCACGUUCCCUACAAUUAGGUGAUCUAAACUCAUGUUACCAUAGAGCUGCAUUGUUGCGUAUGGCUGUAUCCUUGAGAAAACAAGGUGAACUAGGUGAUGCACAGGACUAUUGUAAGGAGGCAACCAAACUGUCCCUUAUGUCUGGAGAUCAAGCAACAUAUACUCGAAGUAUUCGUGUCAUGGGAGAUAUUUACCGAAAAAAAAUGGAAUUAGAUCGUGCUUUACGACAGUAUGAACAGGCUAUGGGGACGUCGGCUAAUUUAGGAGAUCGUAUGGCACAAAUGGAAGCUAUGGAUGGGGCAGCCCGCUGUUUGGAGACUCUACGUAUUCAAAAUAAAAUUUGCAAUUGCAGGCCGCUUGAGUUUAAUACACGUCUUUUGGAAGUAGCUAGUUCUAUUGGAGCUAAGUUUUUGGUCCGAAAAAUUCGUUGUCGUCUGGCCCUAAUUUAUCGUUCGCUGGGGGACGAGGAUCAAUGUAACAUUCAUUUUCGACUUGCAAAUCAAACAGAUGUUGCGUUGGGAUUGAAUUGCGGUGGAUGCGGUGAAUCGUUUGGCCUUCAGCCUGGAAACCUUGAGGCCUUACCUUGCGCACACAUUUUUCACGCAAAAUGCGCCUUUGAUGUAAUGCGACGACGUGACAAAAAUGCGUCUCGAUCAUGUCCAGCCUGUAACAAGCUCAUAAGUUCCCGUAUGCACCUUUGUAGCAGUGUUCCGACAGCGGUGGAGUCUGAAAGUACCGACGGAGGAAGCGCCGUUACUGUUGACAUAAAGUCAAACCUUUUGUCCAUUGAUGGUCUCCUGGAAAUUGACUCUGAAACAUUUUUGCCAUCGUCAAUAUUUACUAAUAAAAAUAAACCGGUUCCGGAUAAUGAAAAUUUAACUUUUUUGUCUCCAAAAGUUAUGUAUAACAGUGACUUAUCAUUAGCUUCGUUAAGCAUGCGAGCAUCCAGCCUUACUAUAGAUAGCGCCCAAAAUGCAACAUCAUCGGUUUAGGGUGAUCAUGAAAACGUGACUUAUUAAAUUUGCUUGCUGCAAAGUCGGCCACAAAAUUAUCGUGUUUUAAAUAUUGCAUUUUAAAUGCCCUAAAAAGAUAACAAAAUUAAGGACUUUAGGCCUUUAGACUAAUAAGGCCUUUAUUAUUUCCUAAAAUAUUCUUAAUGUCUAUUUCCUAAUAAUAUUAUUAUUUAAAUUAC